CAAUUAUGAAGCUCCAAAUCAUGAAGAAUUAUAUAUUGAUGAAGUUCUAAACAAAGAAACCAGUGAUAAAGUGUCAAACAAAAAAGAAACCAAUAAGCUUCUUAAUAAAGAAUCUGUUGAUGAAGCAUCAAAUAUAGAUGAUGAUGAUAAGGUGUUUAUUGAAGAAGAAACUG